GGCGCCGCGAACUGGAGGCCGGCGUCGGGGAAGGUCCUGGUCCGGGAUUCUGCACGAGGUGUGGACGAGGCCGCUUGUCCCCGCCUCUCCUCCGCGCUCAACGAGCCCGCGCGGCCCCAGAGUUGCACGUCCUAGAAGGCUUAAGCGGUGUAAGACUGCAAGUGAGGCCCCUAGGAUAACGGAUCUCAUGGCUUCCUGGAAGAGCCCCUGGUGGCUGCUGAUAUGGAUGGUCUUCAUGCAUUCUACUCUCCUGCAGACCACAGCAGAGAAGUCUCCUGGAGCCUACUUCCUUCCUGAGUUUGCACUCUCUCCUCAGGGAAGUUUUCUGGAAGAUACAACAGGGGAGCAGUUCCUUACAUACCGCUAUGAUGACCAGACCUCAAGAAACGCUCGCUCUGAUGAAGACAAAGAUGGCAACUGGGAUGCCUGGGGCGACUGGAGCGACUGCUCCCGCACCUGUGGGGGCGGAGCCUCCUAUUCUCUGCGGAGGUGUUUGACAGGAAGGAAUUGUGAAGGACAGAACAUUCGUUACAAGACAUGUAGCAAUCAUGACUGUCCCCCAGAUGCAGAAGACUUUAGAGCCCAACAGUGCUCAGCCUACAAUGAUGUCCAGUAUCAGGGGCGUUUUUAUGAAUGGCUUCCACUAUAUAAUGAUCCUGCUUCGCCGUGUGCACUCAAGUGUCAUGCACGGGGACAGAACCUGGUAGUGGAGCUGGCACCCAAAGUACUGGAUGGAACUCGUUGCAAUGCUGACUCCCUGGAUAUGUGUAUCAGUGGCAUCUGUCAGGCAGUGGGCUGCGAUCGGCAACUGGGGAGUGACGCUAAGGAGGACAACUGUGGUGUCUGUGCUGGAGAUGGCUCCACCUGCAGGCUGGUGCGGGGACAGUCAAAAUCGCAUGUUUCUCCUGAAAAACGAGAAGAAAAUGUGAUUGCUGUUCCUUUGGGAAGUAGAAGUGUGAGAAUUACAGUCAAAGGACCUGCUCAUCUCUUUAUUGAAUCCAAAACGCUUCAAGGAAGCAAAGGAGAACACAGCUUUAACAGCCCUGGAGUUUUUGUUGUAGAAAACACAACAGUUGAAUUUCAGAAGGGUUCAGAGAGGCAAACCUUUAAGAUUCCAGGACCUCUGAUGGCUGAUUUCAUCUUCAAGACCAGGUACACUGUGGCCAAAGACAGUGUGGUCCAGUUCUUCUUUUACCAGCCCAUCAGCCAUCAAUGGAGACAAACCGACUUCUUUCCCUGCACAGUGACAUGUGGAGGAGGUUAUCAGCUCAACUCUGCUGAGUGUGUGGAUAUCCGCUUGAAGAGAGUGGUUCCUGACCACUAUUGCCAUUACUACCCUGAAAAUGUAAAACCCAAACCAAAAUUGAAGGAAUGCAGCAUGGAUCCUUGUCCGUCAAGUGAUGGCUUUAAAGAGAUUAUGCCCUAUGACCACUUUCAACCUCUCCCUCGCUGGGAACAUAAUCCUUGGACUGCAUGUUCUGUGUCCUGUGGAGGAGGGAUCCAGAGACGGAGCUUUGUGUGUGUGGAGGAGUCCAUGCAUGCAGAGAUACUGCAAGUGGAAGAAUGGAAGUGCAUGUAUGCACCCAAGCCCAAGGUUAUGCAGACCUGCAACCUAUUUGAUUGCCCUAAGUGGAUCGCUAUGGAGUGGUCUCAGUGCACAGUGACUUGUGGCCGAGGGUUACGUUACCGGGUGGUUCUCUGUAUCAACCAUCGUGGACAGCACGUUGGGGGCUGCAAUCCACAACUGAAAUUGCACAUCAAAGAGGAAUGUGUUAUUCCCAUCCCGUGUCAUAAACCAAAAGAAAAAAGUCCGGUGGAAGCUAAAUUACCUUGGCUGAAACAAGCACAAGAACUAGAAGAGACCAGAAUAGCAACAGAAGAACCAAUGUUCAUUCCGGAACCCUGGUCGGCCUGCAGUACCACAUGUGGGCCGGGCAUACAGGUGAGAGAGGUCAAGUGCCGAGUGCUGCUCACAUUCACACAGACAGAAACUGAGCUUCCAGAGGAAGAGUGUGAAGGCCCCAAGCUGCCCACAGAGCGGCCAUGCCUCAUUGAAGCUUGUAACGAGAGUCCUGCAUCGAGAGAGCUGGACGUCCCUCUCCAAGAGAAGGACAGUGACAUGACUUACGACUGGGAGUAUGCUGGCUUCACCCCUUGCACAGCAACAUGCUUGGGAGGCCAUCAAGAAGCCAUAGCAGUGUGCUUACAUAUCCAGACUCAGCAGACGGUCAAUGACAGCUUGUGUGAUAUGGUCCACCGUCCUCCAGCAAUGAGCCAGGCCUGUAACACAGAGCCCUGUCCACCCAGGUGGCACAUGGGCUCCUGGGGUCCCUGCUCAGCAACCUGUGGUGUUGGAAUCCAGACCCGGGAAGUGUACUGCCUGCACCCAGAAGAGUCCCCUGCACCUGCUGAGGAAUGCAGGGAUGAAAAGCCCCAUGCCCUACAAGCAUGCAAUCAAUUUGAUUGCCCUCCUGGCUGGCAUAUUGAAGAUUGGCAGCAGUGUUCCAGGACAUGUGGUGGGGGAACUCAGAUCCGAAGAGUCACCUGUCGGCAGCUAUUAACAGAUGGCAGUUUUUUGAAUCUCUCUGAUGAAUUGUGCCAAGGACCCAAGGCAUCGUCUCAUAAAUCCUGUGCCAGAAUAGACUGCCCCCCACAUUUAGCUGCAGGAGACUGGUCAAAGUGCUCUGUCACUUGUGGUGUUGGACUCCAGAGAAGAAAGCAGGUGUGUCAGAGGCUGACUGCCAGAGGCCGGCGUGUUCUCCUUAGCGAGACAUUGUGCAGGGACCUCCCAGGGCUUCCCCUUGUAAGAUCCUGCCAGAUGCCUGCGUGCCACAAAGUAAAACCAAAGACAAAAAUAAAACUUGGUGAGCAGGGUCCUCAGAUUCUCAGUGUCCAGAGAGUCUAUAUUCAGACAAGGGAGGAGAAACGUAUUAAUCUGACCAUUGGCAACAGAGCCUAUUUGCUGCCCAACACAUCUGUAAUUAUUAAAUGCCCAGUACGACGAUUCCAGAAGUCUCUGAUCCGGUGGGAGAAGGAUGGCCAUUGUCUGCAGAACUCCAAACGACUUGGCAUCACCAAGUCAGGCUCACUGAAGAUCCACAGUCUCGCAGCCCCUGACAUUGGUGUGUACAGAUGCGUUGCAGGCUCAGCCCAGGAAACAGUUGUGCUCAAGCUCAUUGGAACAGACAACCGGCUCAUUGCACACCCUGCCCUCAGAGAGCAAAUGAGGGAAUAUCCUGGGAUGGAUGGCAACGAAGCUGAUAGUUUGGGAACUGCGUGGCAUAAAAUGAGACAAAUGUGGAGUAACAAAAAUGAGCUUUACCUACAUGAUGACCAAAUUAAUAACCAGCCUUUCUUAAGAGCUUUGUUAGGCCACUGCAGCAAUUCUGCAGGCAACACCAAUUCCUGGGAGUUUAAGAAUAAGCAGUUUGAAGCAGCAGUUAAACAGGGAGCAUAUAGCAUGGAUACAGUCCAAUUUGAUGAACUGAUAAGAAACAUGAGUCUGCUUCUGGAAACCAGAGAGGUCAGUGAUGACCUUGCCUCUCAGGUGAUUUACCAGCUGGUGGCUGAGUUAACCAAGACCCAGUCAGCACACAUUCAAUGGAGGGGCAUCCAGGAAGAGGUGCCUCCUGCUGCUCAGCUCAGGGGCACAACAGAAAGUCUGCCCCAAAGCUCAAAAGUGAAAAACUCAGGCAGGCUGACCUUUAAACCAAAAGGACCUAUUCUCAUGAGGCAAAGCCAACACCCUUCGGUUUCAUUUAACAAAACAAUAAAUGCAAGGAUUGGAAAUACUGUGUAUAUCACUAAAAGGACAGAGGUCAUCAAUAUACUCUGUGACCUUCUUACCCCCGGUGAGGCCACAUAUACAUGGACCAAGGAUGGAGCACUGUUACAACCAUCAGUAAAGAUAAUUUCGGAUGGACCUGGGAGAAUACAGAUAAAGAAUCCUACAAGGAAAGAACAAGGAAUUUAUGAAUGUUCUGUAGCUAAUCAUCUUGGUUCUGAUGUGGAAAGUUCUUCUGUGCUGUAUGCAGAGGCACCUGUCAUCUUGUCUGUUGAAAGAAAUAUCACCAAACCAGAGCACAACCAUCUGUCCAUUGUGGUGGGAGGCAUCGUGGAGGCAGCCCUUCAAGCAAAUGUGUCAAUCCGAUGUCCUGUAAAAGGUGUCCCUCAGCCUAAUGUAACUUGGUUGAAGAGAGGAGGAUCUCUGAGUGACAAUAUUUCCUUGCUUUUCAAUGGAUCCCUGUUGUUGCAGAAUGUUUCCCUUGAAAAUGAAGGAACCUAUGUUUGCACAGCCACCAAUGCUCUUGGAAAGGCAGUGGCAACAUCUGUACUCCACUUGCUGGAAAGAAGACGGCCAGGAAGUAAAAUUGUAUUUCCCAAACAACAAAACAAUCAUGUUCUUCAGGCAUCGAACACCAGAACCAACAGCAGUGACUCAACAGGAGAAUCCCUGCCCCCAGAGCCUUUCUGGGAGCCUGGUAACUGGACACAUUGCUCUGCCUCCUGUGGUCACUUGGGAUCCCGUAUUCAGAGACCCCAGUGUGUGUUGGCUAGUGGACAGAAAGUGAGUGAAGCCCUUUGUAAUCAUCUCCAGAAACCACUGACAGGGUUUCAGCCCUGUAACAUCCAGGACUGUCCUGCAAGGUGGUUCACAAGUGUGUGGUCAGAGUGCUCUUCAUCUUGUGGUGAAGGAUUCCACAGUCGGCAAGUGACAUGUAAAAGGACAAAAGCCAACGGAACUGUGCAGACAGUGUCUCCGAGGGCAUGUGCCCCUAAAGACCGGCCUCUGGGAAGGAAACCAUGUCAUGGGUAUCCAUGUGUUCAAAGGAUCAUUGAACCAGCGAGCCAGUGUCCUGGACGUUGCAUGGGUCGUGCCGUGAGGAUGCUGCAGCAUCACACAGCUUGCAGACACCACAACAGCUCUGACUGUGAUGACAGGAGGCCCACCUUUAGGAGGAAUUGCACAUCAGGAGCCUGCAAUGUGUGUUGGCGCACAGGCCCUUGGAAGCCCUGUACAGCAGCCUGUGGCAGGGGGUUCCAGUCUCGGAAAGUCAACUGUGUCCACACAAGGAGCUGCAAACCUGUGGCUGAGAGACACUGUGUGCAGAAUAAGAAACCAGCUUCCUGGAGGCACUGUCUGGGGCCUUCCUGCAAUGGCGACUGUGCAGAUACAACUCACUACUGUAUGUUCAUAAGGCACCUUAAUUUGUGUUCUCUGGACCUCCACAAACGAAGGUGCUGCCAGUCAUGCCAAGAAGGGUAAACUUAUGGAGGGGUUGUGAUGCUGCUGUGACUAUUAAAAAAAAAUCAAAGCUCUUUUCCCCAUGUCUCUGGUUCAAAAACAUGUAUUUCCUAAAGACUCUGGAUUCCUUGAUCAAACAGAGGUUGAUGCAAAAACAUCCCUGUUAAAAUUUUGUAAAGUGAAAUUUCCCCAGGGUCGGUUUUUAAUUCUACUUCCUGUAAAUGAUGUAUUCCAAGAUUAACAUAGUAAUGUGCCAAUGCACUUGGGACUUCAUCAUGUCUGCGUAAUCGGGAAGUCACCAAGAUAAUGAGCACAUCCUCGAAUGCUGUGAUUUGUAAACUAGCACAGAGUGGUACAUCCUGAAGUCUUAGGAAGCACAGCAACUGAGGAAACUUCCUCUUCUCUCAAGUUGUAGAGUUUCAACAAGUUUGUGAAGUAUCUACAACUGGCCAGUAGUUGUUCAGAUGUUAUCAUUAAUGGCAUUUGCAAAGAUGCUUAAGUUCAGUCUGUGAAAAAGAGAUAAUCUCUUGGACAGGCUUAUAACUCCAAUUGACCCAAGGAUUCAUGAGGAGGUGGCAUCCUGUCCUUGCUCUCGAGCACUCUUGUAAGAAAACAGAGGAAAUAUUGCUGCCAUUUUCACAACUACAGGAAUCCAUCUGUGACCAAAUGAGGCAUCUUGGAAAUCAAAGAAGAGGGAAAUUUAACCUUUUCUACUGAUUUUGAAGUAUAUGCAAUGCUUUAAGAACUGUGAAUAGAACUUUUUCUAAGCACUAUUCUCUUGCACACAAACAGAAAAUCAAAGCCUUUUAAACCUAAUUUAUGCAUAAAAUAAUAUUCCUGAGGAUUUUUAUUUUGGAAAGUUUAUAAGAAAGUAAUCUAAUAAGAUACAUAAUUGAAAAGAAUUGUUUAUAUAAAAUAACUGCUUGAGUUGAUUUUUCAGUAAAUCCAAAGUGAAUUAGAGUUAGGCGGGAAGUUACACUUAUAGAAGUUGGAAUUAGGAUUUGGUUUAGGCUUUGGGGAACAAAGGUUAGGGUUAGUUUUCAGCUAGGAUUGAGUUAGGUGAGAAAGGAAGUUAAAUUAGGGCUAAGGCUGUGCUUGGUUAAGGAGUUGGGCUCAGGGCCAGGUUGGGGCAAGGUUGGGUUGGGUUUAGAUUGGGUCCAUGCUGGUGUGAUAGUGUCAAGGUGAAAGUUAAGUGUGGAGUUAAGUGUUGCCUCUGAAGCAGGUUCAGGCUAGCAUUAAAUUGUAAACUCUAGAGCUAAUUUGGUUAUGGUAAUCUUUUCCUGGUAUUCCUCCAGUUAUGGUUUUAGAUGGCACAAAACCCCAAAUAAAUGGUUAGACUUCUUAAUGCAAUGUCCUGAUUGCCUGUCACACGCUGCCUAUAGCCUGUUGGCAACAAAGUUUCCCAAGGCAGGUUGUGCUAGAUCUAGUUCCUGAUCAAUAAUUGAACUGUGCAAUUUUGGCUUUGGAUUUGUCUGUGGAUGAGCUUGCUGAGUCUUUUUACCAUAUUCUAAGCACCAGAUCUGUUUUGUUCUAACUUCAGCCUCACCGACACUGGGAUGAGCACUACUGUAUGUGGAGGGUUUAGUGGCUGGAAAUGGACAGGGGAAAAUGAAGAGGACACACCAGCCCAUGAAUUGUUAAUCAUCAGUCACAUUUGAUUGUUGAAGGUUAUUAAAUUAAAAGAAAGAUCACCUGUAAUAUACUCUUUGUAUAUAUUUAUUAUAUGACUUAAAGGUGCAAUAUUUUAUUUUGUACAGUAUGUAAUAAAGACAUGGGACAUAUAUUUUUCUUGCUAACAAAGUUUCUUAUUAAAUUGCUUCACCUUUGUAUUUAAAGUUAAAAGAUACUGUUUUUCAUUUGCUAUUGUACUUUUAUCACUCAAAUGACAUUCCUGUGUACUGUAUUUUACUACUGUUUUUAUGAGAGUUAAUGUUUCUCUUUUAUGAUCCUUAAGCAAUUCAGAAAUAAAUUUACUUUGAUUAUUCAAUGGCAUCGUUAUAUAUGCAUUGUU